UCUACCUCGAGACUCUCAACUGUGCCUACCAGCGCGUCAAAGUCGCGACAGCUGAGCCAUCUUCAUGCCCAACUUGCGCAGUUGACUGCGAAUAUGUCUGAUUUGGAGAAUUUGAUGAGGAUGACGGCUGUUCAGGCUGAGGGUAUAAGGGGUUUGGGAGGUUAUGCUGGAGGAAUGUUCAUGGCUGCGUCCAAGGUACUGGGAGAGGAGACCGUGCAAGGUAGCGGUAAUGCUGAGGGUAAGGAGGGAGGUGGUAAAUGA